ACUUUCGCUACGGUCGCACGAAGCGCGAGUCGGAUUCUACAGAGCACGGUGCACUCGCAAGCACUCGCAAGCUACCGCUUGCAUCGCCAGGUUUCGUCGGUUUUCCAAGCGUGAGGAACUUCCGGAGAGUGAUAUCGGAGAGAACGUGAAUCGAAGGAAGAAAGGAGAAUGGUUUUGGCGGAGAGAAACUCGGAAAAUGUGCGAAAUGGGCGCAGGUCGAGAGGCCCCAGCCCCAAUGGACAGUCGGACUCCUCGAGCGAUGAGGACGGAGUUCCAGCUGAGAAAAUUCGUGUUGGAAGGGACUAUCAAGUUAUUGUACCAGAGUUAGUUCCAGUCCAUGAACGACGAUUGGAUCAAUGUCCCGAUAGGGCAUUAUUGGUAUGGUCUCCUACUACAGAUAUACCUGAUCAAAAAUUGGAUGAAUAUAUUAUCUUAGCUAAAGAAAAGUAUGGAUAUAAUGGAGAACAAGCAUUAGGAAUGUUAUUUUGGCAUAAACAUAAUUUAGAGCGUGCUGUAUUAGAUUUAGCUAAUUUUACGCCAUUCCCAGACGAAUGGACUGUCGAGGACAAGGUUCUUUUCGAACAAGCAUUUCAGUUCCAUGGAAAGAGUUUCCACAGAAUUCGUCAAAUGUUACCUGAUAAAUCUAUUGCCAGCCUCGUGAAAUACUACUACAGUUGGAAAAAAACAAGGACUAGAACGUCGUUGAUGGACCGUCAAGCGCGGAAGCUGACAAGCGGCGGAAAAGAAGGAGAGAAUGGUAGUGAAAAUGGGAGCGAGUUAGGCUCCAAUACCGACAGCGAAUCAGAGGAAAAGAAAUGGACGAUCCACCGCGGAAUACGUCGUGGAAAGAACCAAGCUGUGCCAGGAAGCCACGGCACUGACGCCAAAGCCCCAUCCGACUCGGAAAACGCCCCUCAGGUUCAGGGCUCGUGUAGCAACUGUGGCGUUGCUUGUCAUAGUGUUCGUGCGACUCCAAAAGGACACGCGUGUCACAGCUGCUAUCUGCACUGGAGGCGAACCGGGGUAGCAAGGCCGUUAAGUUCCAUGCCGGGUCGAACGAAUAAAAGAAAACCACCGCGCGGUCUCGUUGUUAAUCACGACGAUUUAGCGGCACUGGCUGGCCAACCCAAUCAAGCGAACAACAGUUUACAAGCAAUUGAUACCGAAAUCGUUAGCCUAAAGCGACAAAUACAGUCGAACAAGCAACAAGUUAGUGCAUUGAAACGCAAGACGACCGAUGGUAUCGAUGACUUGCGACCACCGGAGGUGUCGAGUCGCAUAAAUGCUCGUUGGACGAACGACGAACUGCUUCUGGCUGUUCAAGGUGUUCGAAAGUACGGAAAAGACUUUUCCGCUAUUGCCGAUGUGAUCGGAACUAAGACGGAAGCUCAUUUACGAUCAUUUUUCGUGAACUACCGACGAAGGUAUAACUUGGACGCUGUUUUAAAAGAAUACGAGGCCGAGAACGGGCCGAUACUGAUCGACGACGAUAAAGAGGAGAAGAUGGACGUCGAUCAACCUAACGAAUCCGCGGAGUCGUCGCAAAAGACGAAAUCGUCUGUGGGCCUUGGACAGGCAGCUAAAUAACAAACGACUAUACCUUUUAACAUGAAACGCGAGAAGAAUAAUCACAGACAUUUUGAUAAGCGAUAAUAUCCCGUAAAAGGUAUUUGUCCAUUUAAUUUAGUUGAUAGUUUUUACUUUUAGUUUUACUACAUUUCUGUGUAUUGAUAAGAUGUUCAUUGAGGAUACUAAGUACAAGAAUCAAUGCUCUGUACAAUGCAUGUACGGAUGGCUUAAUUAGGGGAAAGAUGAUAUUGAAAAGAUUUUCGAUUAAGCAAUAGAGAGAGCGCGAUUUUAUUGAUGACACAAAUUUAAGAAAGAAAUAAGUUAUUGUUAAAUUGACGCAUCCAAGUGCAUGAAUAAGUAUCUUCUAUAACAACAUGAUGUGGAUGCAGAUUAAUUUUGUUUUAAAUAAAUUCAAUUUUACAUAUUCUUUAACUUGCAACUUUUUCUAUAUAUAUAUAUAUAUAAAGAAUGUUCAAGUCCCACUUUAACGAAUGAAAGUAAUUUGAUUAGAAAAAAAUUACUCGUUCCGAAUUGGGGAUAAUCCAGUUGUCAUAUAAUAAUUAGAAAUGGACGAUUGAUUACGUUGCAAAAAGAUGUUCGUACAGAGGAAACCAGAGUUUACAACGUUAAGAAGUUCGUGUGUCACUUAAUAAUAGCUGCAACGUGAAAAGAAAUUUAUAAUUAUACAAAGAAUCGAUAGUAAUUUCGGACGCGGAUAAUCAAGGUAUCAUGUAACUGUUUCAUUGAUCGUUUUUUUAUAAGCGCUCAAAUAUUCACCGAGAUAUCUGGACGUAAAACAUUUUCUCCUGCUUCUGCUACGAUUUUGACGAGAUUCAAAUUCUGCUUGCAUUUUACGCUCGUUUAUAUCGUUUAUUAAAUUAUUGUAAUGUACAUUUAUGCUACAGAAUUUAAUUUAAUGCAAAAAUAUAAUGAGGAAAAAAUGAUUUAUAUUGUGUUCGUAAAACCGAACAAUGUUCGCGGAACAAUUUUUAACGUUAUUUCGUCUUACGCGCGGAUCUUCGUGCCUAUGCAUUUUUGACUGCAUGAGAAUGUAUAUUCAUACAUCAAUGGUAUUAACAUAUAUUUAACGCGAUCAUUGCUAAGUUAUUUUAUCGUAAAUAUGAGCCAGCAAUAAUUGCGUUGAAUAGUUUAUCGCUCAACACGUGGAUACAGAUUCAUUCAGCAUUUUAACUAUUUAAUAUUUUAUCAAGAUACAUCACGGUUAAUAUAAAAUUUCUUUCACUAGUUUUAUAGAACGGUAAAUUCGUGUGGUUAAAAGUAAUAUUGAAAAUAUCAAAUUGAGGAGAAUAUAUUUUUAUGGCUUGCUGCAUACUUUAUGCAAUUGUAUAAAAAGAACAAGGAGUAAUGGUUCCUGAUAGUUCUAUUACAAAAAAUUGUAUAACAUAUACAUAUAUUAAAAUUGACACAUAUGUGUAAUAUAAUUCAAUUGUACACCUAUGAGCACACGCUUUAUACGUAAUUUAUACUCGGUGAUCGUUUCAGCAAAAUUCAAUUAUUAAAUUAUGCGUAAUGUAAACUUCGUGUUUUUUCAACGAAUCAUUUAACAGAUUCGAUUGUAGUUUAUGUUUAAUUUAUUACCGAUCAUCAUAAGGGGUCACGAUUUAAUUUGAGUGAAAACUAUUGCUAUUAGACAAUACUUUCAAACAAAUCCUGACUUCCAGUUAAAUCUUCAUCGAGAUGCGAAAGGAAGACUCGAUUUCAGGUACAUGAUCAAAUAAUUUUACUUACAACUUCACGUGUACAUCUAUAUUUACUAAUAAUAGCAAUAGUAACGAUGCCAUUAGUUUAAGAUUUAUCUCUCGAUAGUAUCUAUCACUUAAUAUUAAUUAAAAGAUGACACUCGUAAGCGUGUGUGAACGAUUCCUUUAACGAAUGAUGUUCUGAAAAUGAUUACAAGUUUAGAUACUCCUUAGAAGUUAUUAUGUAAACAUCGAUGUAAAUAGGAGGAGUAAUCACCAAAGAAAUUUACUGUAAUCGUUUAGCGACAUAUCACGGUGACGGUUUAAAUAAUCGUGUUAGGACCGUUUCACCAAACAAAUAUGUAGUUUGCAACACUCAAGCAAAGUGGAAGAUACAUCGUAUCGUAUGAUCAGAAGCGAAUAGCAAAUUACUCGAUUUUUUUUGUGUACCCGCAUGUAUGAAAAUAAAUAUCCUAUUGAAACAAGAACCGAAUAUUCGUUGAUAACAGAGAAAUAAUCUGUUACGCUCUGAUCGUUCUUCAUCACGUUCUUCGUUGAGUCGUCUAGUUCUAGUACGCGCAAUUUAUUUCACACACGAAAGCACGACGCAGUGUUCAAGUAUCGUAGAUUUAAUCCUUCCUAGCUUAAGAUCGAAAGAGGAACGUUGCUCUCAAUCGUCUUAGUCGCGCGGAUGUGUACUCUUCCUUCCCCUCGACGAAAGCAACUUCUUCUCUCGAUAAUUAUUUAAUGCAUUUAAUUGAGACGCGUACCGAGCGAAUAAAAUCAUUUUCUGAGUAGCAAAAAUUCUCUUGAAUACCGGAGGAACGGUUUUUGGGAUUGAAUUUUUUCAAUUUUAUAUGCGUAACACCGAUCAAUUAUUCGCUUUACAUAAGAUGUGUAUGAUUUACGAGGCACACGAUGAUGCAUCAUAGUUUUUAAUUCGAUACGAACGGUCACAUCUCUUAGCUGAAUAAUUUCAAGAUGAUCAAUUACAAUUUUUAAAACACUUUACAUACAGGGUGUUCCGUAAAAAGUGUUAAAGCCGGAAAGUGAUAGGGUCAUCCUAAACAAUAAUUUUCUUUGACAAUAUGUAAAAUGGGACUUGGUUUUUUAAGCGAUAAACACUCCGCUCAGUGACGGAUUUCUUGGUUCGAGUUGUAACGCCUGGCCAUAGCCAGGGAGCAAACGUUCAGCUCAAUACGAAGCGAAUAAACUACAUAAAUAACAAU